CUGCCGCAGUGACUCGGCGAGAAGCCGCACGUACAGACGCAUUCCCGCACAGCCUCGGCUCCGGCCCUCUACCCUCUCCUCAUCCCCGACCCUCGGAGCCCUGCCGCCCCAUGGCGCUGAAGAGAAUACAGAAGGAACUGAAUGAUUUGCAACGUGACCCUCCGGCUCAGUGCUCUGCUGGCCCAGUAGGAGAUGACUUGUUCCACUGGCAAGCAACCAUAAUGGGACCUACUGACAGCCCAUAUCAAGGGGGCGUCUUUUUCCUCACAAUUCACUUCCCAACAGACUAUCCAUUCAAACCACCAAAGGUUGCAUUCACAACAAAAAUCUAUCACCCAAACAUAAACAGUAAUGGAAGUAUUUGUCUCGACAUCCUAAGGUCACAGUGGUCCCCAGCGCUGACUGUGUCAAAAGUUUUGUUGUCAAUAUGCUCCUUACUUUGUGAUCCAAAUCCAGAUGAUCCAUUAGUACCAGAUAUUGCACAAAUCUACAAGUCAGACAAGGAAAAAUACAACAGACUAGCGAGAGAAUGGACUCAGAAAUAUGCAAUGUAAAUUUGUGAAAAAAAAAAAUUUAAUUUCGUAUAAUCCGUUGUACUGUAAAUUCUAGGUUUUUGGAAAUUAGAAGAGGCCGAGCACAGUUUAUUGUUCGAGUCCUUCAGAGGCUACCCACCCCCACCCCCCCUCCCCAUUUGAUUUUUAGACACUUAAAUUGCUACUCGGAAGCAAAAAGCAGCCCCCCCAAUCUGAGAAGAGUAUUUUGCGUUCACUCCCCGUAUACUUUGCAAAAGACAUUUCCUGCGGUUUUUAAGAUACCUGAAUUUUUUUUGCACCAAUGCUGAUCAAAUCCAAAAUGGAGGUUUAACCCUGGCAGCGCCAAUGACGAAUGUGCCAGCAGGGAUUAAAGCAUCCAACACUCAUUAAAGACUAGAUUUGUUUUUUUACUUGAGUAAUACUGCGUUUUAUUUUUUUUUUUUUUUUUUGUAAAUCUGUGUUCAGACUCCAUUCUGUUAGCUCACUAUUUAAUUUGUAUUUUUUUACUGUAUAGACUAAAUAUAUUUUAUUUACCUUUGUAAGGAAACUCAUUUUUAGAUCCCCUCCCCCUUCCUCUUCCCCUCUUAAAGGCACAGUAUUCUCAAGACACAACUACUAGUCUUAAAACUUUCAUUAUUUUUUUUUUUUUUAAGACCCGGCUGUAGAUUAUCCUUAAAUUGACUGCAGAUUUCUUAAAAACGUAAAUGAUCUUUGCACUGUAAUUCCGAAUACGAUCACUAGAGGGAACCAGUUGUUUUUCUUUCUUUUGUGUUGAUUCUGUUGCAUACUUGACACCAGUUGAUUGCAAUGUGAACUAAUUGCACUGCUAUGUAGAAAAAAAAAAAAAACAUGUAUCCGUUUGUCGCUCUUCACAGUUUGAAUUUUUUUUUCUAUUUUUUUUUUUUUUUUCAUACGGGCAGUAUAAAGGAAAAAAAAAAACUCACAAAUCUUUUACAACUCUUACUGUAGCUUUUUUUUUUUUUUUCCAUACAAAUAAAAUGCAUUUUCUACUA